UGACGUGAGAGCGAGAGAUGCAGGCCUCAAGUGGCAAACGUCAGUCGCUGUUACUCCCAGUCAAAAGUCAACCAGCAAAAAAAGCAAGCCUGAAUUAUAGCGCGCUAAAGUAGGAAGCAAAAUAGUAAGUAAAAAAAGCACUUCAUCUACUUAGAAGGAACAACAAACAAUAGCUAAGACCUGUUACGGAAAAGGAAAUAUCAUCAACAUUUAGAAAGAUGUCAGCAACAGCAUGCUAGUAGAAGGUAAUUUAGCACGACAAGGACCAACAUUAAUCAUGUCCUCUAGCCCUCACGAAGCACGAUCAUGAGCCCAGCAUUGGGGGGGUGAUCCGGUCUACUCAGCGACUUCGGCAUCAACAUCAAAGAAAAAUGAAGGCAGCGCGACCGCCCCUUGAUCCUCCUCGACCACGAAGCAUUGACUUCUAGGAAUCCAGCCACCUCCUGAAGACGCAUAGCAGCCUGAGGCUAGAAAAACAAGCACGCUGCUUCGACCCCCGAGAUCCUCCUAGAAGUAUUCCCACAUCCACAAGUACAUUCAUUCAAGUCGUCUGCAUCGCAACUAAAAAUGGCGUCAUUCGGAAGUGGAGCUCAAUAUGGGAGCACUCCAUCUGAGGAGACUGAACGUGUCGCGCCAGCCGCAGACAUGCGGAAAAAGUAUUAUGGUGAAACACAUACAACUCAUUCUUUGCUUGGGCACAAGGCCUGAUCUUUCGGAGAGAUGAUGAUUUCAAUAGACUGGAGGUGCAAUAGAUGAAAGGUUUUUAUAUAUUCAUACUGGAUGUUUUUUUGGGCCGCUUUAACAACCCGUCAGCCCAAGUAGAGAAUCUUUUCCACCUCUAAUCCUUCGGGAAGAUGUCGAUAGACAAGGGGUCGCUGCUGCUUGUGCUGUUGCUUCCGCCAGGGAUUUUCACUGGUGUUCUGUAUGUCACAGCAUUCCGACUCGCCCACGACAUGCCUAGAGUGGUAUUUCUUCGUUUAUAGAAUUAGAUAGCGACUCGCUCGUAAUGAAAUGCUGAGCCUGAGAGUGGCACUGACUACAACUUUUUUUUGCAGCCAUGUUUUGUUCAAUGUACCUAAACCUAAAAAGUGCUAACCUGUAAGAACUUUUCCACAACAGACCAUACUAAUACUUAUAGUUAUACUAGUCCUCCGCUCCUCCAUCUCAAACUCACUUCCACUCCACCUCACAAUCACCUCCACACCCACAUCUUUUACCAAACCACCACGCCCAACGCCAACCACCAAUUCUAUCCCCAAACCCACCACGACCAGGCCAACACCAUUCUUUUCUGGGUGGCAUUUUUCUACCUGUGGCAUCUUAGUUUUGUCGGCUACAAGCUAUGGCGAGGACAGUUGACGGCGAAGAAGUGGCAUGCUCUAUUCGGACUUGGGUUGACGGCUGCUCUUGGUGCAGGAGCGAUUAUUGGGCGCGAGAUCUAUGUGAAUUAUUCCAAGUUAUGUGAAUUAUUCAAAGUUACGUCAAGGUCAACUUUGCAGUCUAUGUAAUGAAAUAUUCCACCAAGUUAAAUGCUUCUCUGAAGAAGAGAUUGAGACUUACCGCUUCAAAAUAAACAGUGAUCGAAAAGAACUUGUCGAGGUAGGAAUAGGACAGCGAAAACUGAGAAGAUCUUUUUACCUUUUUCAUUUACGAUACUAGCGCAUCUUCGAUUUGAUUCACCCACGAGAAUCCAAUCCAUAUCCUUUCAUACCACAUCUGGUAUACGUACAACGACCUGGUUGACUACGUGCUGAUAGACCCGGCAAACGCACAUGGACAAACCUACAUGGAUUCCGGAACUGUCUACUUCAAACAGGGGACGAGGGUACCAAUUUCGAUGCUAUCCGUAUACACUAUUUAUCUUACUUUCUUAAAGAUACUGGUAACACCGCUUCUGCUAUCUUCUGUCCCCCCUGCUCAUCCAUGUAUUCCGUCUCCUGAUGUCGUACCCUCACAACCAGGUAGCGAGCGAAACGGCGAGAGCCUUUAAGGACUCGAAAAUAUACUGCGUCGCACCCAUCGUCGGCCAGCCACUCCAAGGUGUGGGUAGCCGCAUCGUCUUACCGUCAUCGGGAACCGUGUUAAGAUGACUUGAAUGAUUCUGAUGAAUCUGACUCCUCGUAGACUUAGUCCUAGCAAAAACAGUUAACUCGUCCUCCUAGACCUGGUCCUAGCAAAAACACUGCGUAAAUGUGCAGACUCCACACGACACGCGUUCUAAGCACCGAUUUUUGGGCAGUCGGAACAGACUGUUGCCAAGCAAGCGGAGACAAGUUUGCGUGUGGAGAAGUCUCCAAUGGACUAGCCAAAAGCGGGAUGCGGUUGAUCAAAGAUGAAGAGCGAGCAUUUUACUUAUGGUGAUGAAUAAUUGGAAUACUUCGGAUUUAGAUGUACCACCAAGGUAUUUCAAUUCAUCACCAUUGGAAUACCUUACAUUUCCGGAACCAACCGUAGUACUUUUUUUGAAUCUCUAUUCUGAAAUUUUUCUUGCAUGUAUCCUACAAUCUGCACAAUAUUUUUUUUUUCGCGGAUCAGUCACGACAAAACAAUGGUACUAGAUGCAUCACUUUUCCCAUCCAGACUCUGGGUUUGACCUAGCUGACUUCCUUCUACCACAUCACUCAUCAUGCCAGACCACACCCUUUCAUCCCUCCGACUAGCCGUCGAGGAGUGGAGUAACGAGUUUGGAUUGCAGGCCAAACAUCCACUAUUUUUCACCUGGGUGCAGGACCCUGUCUCGGAAAUAAACGCCCUUUAUACACAGAUGGACUCACAAAGCUCCAGUGCGGAAGGAAUCUAUUGUUAUGGCGAGAACAGUCAUGGUAGUAGAAGUUUGCUAUCUACUACAACCCCUUCUCCACAGACACACACAGGUACACACACACACACCUCCGCAAAAACAAUUUUACUUUGCGGACUGAUUGUAUUGAGGUUCCCUCGCCUUUCAUGCUUACCUGGCAUACGUCUUGGUAUUCGUUUUUGUGCUGUUUCUAGUACCCGAAGGGCAAGAAGAUGCGGAGAUUGAUUGGACAGCGGUAGCAGAGGAAAAUCAAAGGAAAUUGUUCGCUCCUGCGUAGAAGACGAAGAAAAGAAGUGCGUCUUCUGCAUAAGCUCCGGGCUUUCCCACAUAGCCCACAACGAUUGGUUUAUAAUGAUAACGUAUCAUGCACAGAAACAACAACCUACAUUUACAAGAAUCCUUGAAAAUAAGAUGUCGCAGUUGAUGCAUAUACCAACUUUGCACAGGAAUUUCUAAAGGAUGCCACGUUCUGAAGCCAGC